AUGAUUGGGAGGGGAUUGGAACACCUGAAUCACAUGAUAUGGAGGGGAUUGGAACACCUGAAUCACAUGAUUGGGAGGGGAUUGGAGCACCUGAAUCACAUGAUUGGGAGGGGAUUGGAACACCUGAAUCACAUGAUAUGGAGGGGAUUGGAACACCUGAAUCACAUGAUUGAUAGGGGAUUGGAGCACCUGAAUCACAUGAUUGGGAGGGGAUUGGAACACCUGAAUCACAUGAUAUGGAGGGGAUUAGAACACCUGAAUCACAUGAUAUGGAGGGGAUUGGAACCCCUGAAUCACAUGAUUGGGAGGGGAUUGGAACACCUGAAUCACAUGAUUGGGAGGGGAUUGGAACACCUGAAUCACAUGAUAUGGAGGGGAUUGAAACACCUGAAUCACAUGAUUGGGAGGGGAUUGGAGCACCUAAAUCACAUGAUAUGGAGGGGAUCGGAACACCUGAAUCACAUGAUAUGGAGGGGAUUGGAGCACCUGAAUCACAUGAUAUGGAGGGGAUUGGAACACACCUGAAUCACAUGAUUGGGAGGGGA